CUGGGAGCUCAGUCUGCACGGAUCUCAUGCAGCACAGCUCCUGGGUCUAAAUAUGGACAGCCUCCAGUUAUUUUUGUGGUGACUGUGCGCCGGGGACUACUCUUGUGGAAUAUCUCGCUGGAUCGAAUAAAUCUCUUACAAAGACCGAUUCCCAGAAGAUCCCAUUUGUAGUCGGGAAAAUGGGUCUAUAUCAAAGAAAUCAGAGAUUUACUGCUGCUAGGGCCGGCUUGAGAGUCUCAGAGUGAAAAAAUCUUCAAACAAGCCCGCGCAGCCGGAUCCAGCGAGAUGGCAAAGGUCUGCAGUGAAAACUCCUUUUCAGCCAGACAACGGCCGUCCGCCAACACAUCCCAUGAUGAACUCGCUGCGAUGGAAAGUGGGGACGGCAGGGCCCACUCUCUUGGUGAAGACGGCUGUGAGAGAGCCUUGUCCUCACGGACCCAACGAGGUGCCAGGGCAGUGGCCAGGCUGUCUUACCUCUUCCUAAUGCUGCGGAACUGGGCAUCUCACAGAAUGCACCCUGUAGAGGAGAGGAACGACUCUUUCCUUGAGCGCAUCAGAGGCCCGACACUUAAACAUGCAACCAGUGGAGAGAGUGACUCCCAGGGCAUGUGCCAUGAUGGCACACAAAGAAAGAGGAAUGUUUCCAGUAAGUGGCCUCUUGCUACUUACAACAUAAAUAACUGCAACAACACAGAUGACAAAAAGGAGGACAAAAAAGAUGAGAUUAAGAAAGACGAGAAGAAGGAAGAGGAGAAAAAAGAAGAAAAGGACGGAGACAAGAAGACAGAAGAGAAUAAGGAUGAGAAGAAAGAUGAGAAGAAAGACGAGAAGAAAGACGAAAAGAAAGAGGAGAAGAAGGAUGAUAAGAAAGAUGAGAAAAAGAAAGAGGAACCUCCGAAAGAAAUAUGGAUAAUGGAUCCGUCCACCGACCAGUACUACAGAUGGCUGAGUGUCAUCGCGGGCCCCGUAUUUUAUAAUCUAAUCAUGAUUGUAACGAGGGCCUCCUUUAAUGAGCUCCAAAAUUCAUACACCAAACUUUGGAUUUUCCUGGACUAUACCUCAGACAUCAUCUAUUACAUGGACACAUUUGUUAGAUCAAGAACAGGUUACCUGGAACAAGGCCUGCUGGUGAAAGAUGCCAAAAAACUGAGGGCUAAAUACAGAACGACAUCUCAGUUCAAGUACGACAUGAUUUCGAUGAUACCCACAGACCUGCUUUUUCUGCAGUACGGCUUCAACAACCCGGAGUUUCGCUUCAACCGUCUUUGCAAAAUCCAGAGGCUCUUUGAGUUCUUUGAGCGCACCGAGACGAGAACCAGCUUCCCAAACAUGUUUCGAAUCAGCAAUCUCGUGCUUUACAUCCUCAUCAUCAUCCACUGGAACGCUUGUGUCUUCUUUUCGAUUUCAAAAAGCAUCGGUUUUGGAACGGACACAUGGGUCUACCCCAAUAUCAGCCACCCGGAGCAUGGCCGCCUGGCACGAAAGUACAUCUACUCCCUUUACUGGUCCACGCUUACCCUCACCACCAUCGGAGAGACCCCAGCACCGGUGAGAGAUGUUGAAUUCCUCUUCGUCAUCGGAGACUUUCUCACCGGGGUGCUCAUUUUUGCUAGUAUCGUCGGUAACGUCGGUGCCAUGAUCUCCAACAUGAAUGCCUCCCGUGCCGAGUUUCAGGCAAAGAUUGACUCCAUAAAGCAGUACAUGCAGUUCCGAAAGGUCACCAAAGACCUGGAGGCCAGAGUCAUCAAGUGGUUUGACUAUCUUUGGACUGAGAAGAAGACGUGCGAUGAGAAAGAGGUUUUAAAAACGCUGCCGGACAAGCUUAAGGCGGAGAUUGCCAUCAAUGUCCACUUGGACACACUGAAGAAAGUGCGAAUUUUCCAGGACUGCGAAGCCGGGCUGUUGAUCGAAUUGGUGCUCAAGCUGCAGCCGCAGGUGUUCAGUCCUGGAGAUUACAUCUGUAAGAAAGGGGAUAUCGGCAGAGAGAUGUACAUCAUAAAGGAAGGGAAGCUGGCGGUGGUAGCUGACGACGGGGUCACUCAGUUUGUGGUGCUCAGCGACGGAGCAUACUUUGGAGAGAUCAGCAUCUUAGGCAUCAAGGGCAGUAAAGCCGGCAACAGACGCACGGCCAACAUCCGAAGCGUGGGCUACUCCGAUCUCUUCGCCCUGUCCAAAGACGACUUGAUGGAGGCUCUCACCGAGUAUCCGGACGCCAAGAAAGCCUUGGAGGAAAAGGGGAAAGCCAUCCUGAUGAAAGACAACCUAAUAGACGAGGCGGUCGCCAACGCAGGCGCCGACCCGAAAGAUCUGGACGAGAAGAUCGUCAAACUGCAGGGCAACCUCGACGUGAUGCAGACCAGGUUCGCUCAGCUGAUGGCAGAGUUUACCUCCACCCAGGCCCGGCUGAAGCAGAGGGUCACCCAGAUGGAGGAAAAGGUGAAAUCCAUAAAACCAGAGGACCUCUCCGAAGUGGUGGCUGAUAAAGACAAGAAGGUCCAGUAGAGAAUCCUUACUGGAGAACUUUAAAAGUGACACUCUUUUAUUUCAUAUAAAUGCCCACAUUUUUAACUAUUUCUAUAUCAUGUUUGUUAUCUUCAUUACGUGUCAAAUUGUGUACAGUGUAUGCAGAGAAUCUGUUUUCUGUGCUUUCUGACUAAUUGCUACUUUUGUCUUGUCUUGAAACAAGUCGAGCGAGUUGAGCAGAAGCACUUGUUUAUGCCAAAAAUUGGCUUGUCAUAGCCUUAGAACGAUGACUUUCUUUUCCUGAUAAGAAAUCCGACGGUUCAGGUAAAUGUGUUGCUCUCUGUCGAGUAUAUUUCUUAUACUGCACUGUUUAUUGUAUAAAAAUGUCAACACUUUUAAAAGCCAGUAUUGUUUAUAUGUUGCUGUCAGCUUGUCCUCAGAAACAUGAAUGUUAUAUCUAAAUAAAAUGUUCGUAUUAAA